AUUGUAGAUUGAUGAAAGUUUAGGCGCCAUUUCGGACAAUCUUUCCCAAAAAUUUCAUCAUCUGCUUUCAGCUGUUUUGGGUGUUGCCAUGGUGGCGGCAGCUCUCCAAUCCCACCGCUUCCAGGUCGCUGCACAUAGCAGGAAUACCAUAAUUAGUGAUAAUGGUGUUGCAAUUGAAGGCAAGAAUCUGAAUUUUUCAUUUGGUACAAAGCAAAAUGGGAAAUUGGUUCCCAUUCUUAAGGACUGUUCACUAAAAGUUCCAUCGGGGCAGCUUUGCAUGCUUCUUGGACCCAAUGGCUGUGGAAAGUCUACACUUUUGAAGAUUUUAGCUGGUCUUUUACAGCCAACCAGUGGAGCAUUGUAUGUGAAGACGCCUAAGAGCUUUGUCUUUCAAAAUCCAGACCAUCAGGUUGUGAUGCCCACAGUUGAAGCUGAUGUAUCUUUUGGCCUCGGUAAGUUCAACCUGACCGAGGAUGAAGUUAGGCAUAGGGUGUCAAAAGCUCUGGAUGCUGUUGGCAUGGCUUCCUACAUACAAAGGCCAGUUCAAACAUUAAGUGGUGGUCAAAAACAACGGGUUGCCAUUGCUGGUGCUCUAGCUGAAAGAUGCAAAGUGCUUUUGUUGGACGAGCUCACAACUUUCUUGGAUUAUAAAGAUCAGAUUGGGGUGAUAAAAGCAGUGAAGAAUUCUUUGAGCGAAUGUGGUGAAAUGACGGCUUUAUGGGUGACGCAUCGAUUGGAAGAACUGAUGUACGCGGAUGGUGCUUUCUAUAUGGAAAAUGGAAGAAUAGUGAAGCAUGGUGAUGGAAAUACCAUAAUGAACUUCAUCAAAGACAGACAAUCAACCUACAUCAAUCAAAUUAAUUCCUUCUAGUUUUUAAAAUUAUAUUCUUCCAUUUAAUGAACACUGAGCAAAAUGUGAUCUUCAUUCAUGUGUAUUAUGUCGUUAGUUAAGUUUUGCACUUCAGGCAUUUCUGAAUUUUUACUUUAUUUGUAGUCAUCAAGGCAAUUGUGUAUGCUAGGCAAGUGAAUCCAAGUAUAUAAUACACAUGGGAUUAAGUAAAUAUUAUUACACAAAAACUUAUUACAAGAUUUUUGGAGAGAGAUUCAUUCUAAAAAUACUACUACAGCUCCGAUUUCAAGUGCGUCCUAA